UGAGUGGAGUUGCGCCAAUAUUUAAAGUUCUUGCGGACCGACCAGACAUUAAGACGUUUAACGAGCACAGGGCUUGGACUGCGAGAAGCAAGAGCAAAAAAACAUUGGCAAACACACUUGAUCGACGAUUAAGAGUUUUAUGAAAUAAUUAAAUAACUGUUCGCAGAAAACCGAAGAAUUCAAUUAAGCUGUCCGAUGGCAAAGGCGAGUGGUGCCCAACAGGGCGACCAAAAAUUGAUAGAAUUGUCGAAAGCUUGCCAGUAUGACGAAUCUGGAGGCCCAUUGGCAUUGCUGAACGUAAAUGAUAUCAGACAACCAGAUGCGUCAACAGUGUGCAAAUUCUACAGCAAAUAUUUGGGAGACAUUGGCAUCGAAAUUCCCGAGGUUGCUGAUCUGCCAGCCUACCAGAAUGUGCAACACCCAGAAAUUCACAGGACAAUGCUGCAGUAUGGAUUGCUGGCAAAAGCCAUGCAGUUCUUUUUGAACAAUAUCAACAGCAACGCUAUCUUCACCAUAACAGACGUAAUCAGUCCAACGCCGAAUCGGCACCGGGCAUUUCUCGCAGAGCUGCUCAAUGCUCAGAUAUUUGGCGAUUCAAUCCGCGAGCAGGUCUUGACUGCAGGUCAGAACUGGCAAAAGUCUGAAGAAAAAACUGCCAAGCUGCGAGAGGAGCUGGAAGGGCUGCAGAACCGUAAGUCGCAGCUUCUGGUGGAAAAAGGGCUGCGCGAGGACAAAGUAAAAAACUUUGAGAAAAGAAUGGAGUCAGCCAACCAGCAAUGCAAGAAACUCACCUCUGACAUGGGCGAGCACAGGCAAAGAGUGACAGAGCUGCAACAAGAGUUGGACGAACACAUUCAAAAGCACAUGCAGACUGCGCAGAGCAAAGAAUUUCACGCUACCAAUCUGAAAAAGCUGGAGUGCCAAAUUGUCAACUCGCCGCAGAGGGUGAAACAAGACCUGUCAAUGGCGUUGGCGUCUCUGAAUACAGUGACGGCCGAGGUGACCGAGAGGGAGUCCAUUUUGACCUCCAGGCAGAACACGGAACGUUUUCUCGCAGAGUACAUUCAAGUGCUGAAGGACGUGGAGGAGAGCGCCACCCAAAUGGGCGAACUGAAGAAGAUAAGUGUGCGCACUAUCACCAGGAUGAACGAACUGAUGAACGAGAGGACCAAGCUGAUGGCCGCCAAUGACAAGAUCAGCAAGGAGAAUGUUAACGCGUCCGAGAGGCUGAACGCUUUGCAGCAGAAAUUGGCCCAGAUCAGCCAGAGCAGGGACCGCCUGAUUGAUGAGAUGAUGAAAACCCUGCAAGAAUAUGAAGAUGAGGAGCAGAACAUGUUGAAUGAUCAAGAUGUGAUUGGCAAUGCCAUUCGGACCUAUGAAGUGGACAAGUUAGAUCUCAAUGCAGCACUCCUAAAUUUAGCUGAUUACGAGACUGAGGCUGUUCAUCUGUUGAAUGACUUACAUGUUUUGGGGACUGAGAAUGUUUAUGAAGAAGCAAAUGUUAUCAUGCUGCAGAAAUUUGAACAACUUAAGGACGAUUUUGGUAGAGAACCAAAGCAUCAUCAUGGCGGGGAUUUUGUUUGAAGACAUCUUCAGCGUGAAGGAUAUCGACCCAGGCGGCAAGAAAUUCGACAAAGUGUCCCGAUUCUUCUGCGAGGGCGAGUCGUUUAAGAUGAGCCUUAUCUUGGACCUCAACACCAUGAUCUACCCCGU